UCUUCUCGUAGUCAUCUGUCUGUGCCUGUGUGCGUCUUGGAGCUGGAAUUUUGGGAGUGGAAAUGCCACUGUUACUUUCACAGUUGGCGUCAAGUCGAAUGAGAGUGACCCUCUGACAUUCUACUGUGUCGGUCAGACAGCGCGCAUCGGAAAAGGGCCGAACCGUUACCGAACGAACGCAGUCAAAAGGAAUAGGAAUUGGGGCUUUUAGACGGGGUAGUAGUGAGUGGAUGAGAUAUUAUUGAAUCUUUUAAGUUUAUUAUUCCACUUUUGAUAUACAAUUAUCAGUUAUCGAUUGAUAGGCUAACUGUUGGGGCACUUUAGGCGUCUGGAUUUUCGGAAUCAACAAUUGUUUUCUGCGUUUGGAUUAUUAUUAUUUUUAUUUUCCUGGGAAAUGGCAAGUUCUUAUUCUGCGAGAGAAACACGACUUUCCGAGGAAAGAGGAAACAGCAGCUAAAUAGGCUACUAAAGGAUGCUGGCAACCUGAAGCUGUCAGACAAAUUUCUCCUACAUUUCUGAGACAUUUGUUGUUUUGCUUUGAGGACUAUAAAACCGUGGAAAUAUCAAAGUUUAUUUUUAUCUUUUUCUUUUUUUUUUUUUUACAGAUUUGUGUAUUUUACAGUCCAAUGAUGUAUUGUGGAUUUAUACUGUUAUUUUCAACCCAACUCAUUGUUGUGGCUUCAUUGAUUCAAAACGUUGCAGAUAAAUGUGGAGAUAACAUUGAGAUAACCAAUGCAGAUUAUCUCACCUCGACUGGCUAUCCGAACUCAUACCCUCCAUCACAGCAAUGUAUGUGGGUGAUAUCAGCCCCAGAACCGGGCCAGAAGAUACUCAUCAACUUUAACCCUCAUUUUGAUCUGGAGGACCGAGAAUGCAAGUAUGACUAUGUGGAGGUGUUUAACGGUGGGGACGAGAAGGCUCCAACCCUGGGGAAGUUCUGUGGGAAGAUCGCCCCCUCCCCUAUCAUCUCAAGCGGCAGCCAGCUUCUCAUCAAGUUUGUGUCCGACUACGAAACCCACGGGGCUGGAUUCUCCGUACGUUACGAGGUCUUCAAGACAGGGCCUGAGUGCUCCAGAAACUUCACCUCAUCCAAGGGCGUAAUAAAGACGCCAGGCUUCCCAGACAAGUACCCCAACAACCUGGACUGCACCUUCAUGGUCAUCGCCCCCAAGAUGUCCGAGAUCGUGGUGGACUUCGACGCGUUCGACAUGGAGCCUGACACCACCCCUCCACCCGGGGCACUGUGUCGCUACGACUGGCUGGAGAUCUGGGACGGGUUCCCUGCAGUGGGUCCCCACAUCGGGCGGUACUGUGGUAACAGCAGUCCUGGACGGGUCAUCUCCUACACUGGGAUCCUAUCUAUGACCAUCAACACUGACAACGCCAUCGCCAGAGAGGGCUUCUCAGCCAAUUACACUGUCAGAGAGAAGAGCCUGCCACAGGGACAUACACCAGAGGACUUUAAGUGUGUGGAGGGCCUGGGGAUGGAGUCAGGGGUGAUCACCUCGGAUCAGAUCACUGCCUCCUCUCAGUACAACUCUAACUGGUCUCCUGAGCGCUCCAGACUCAACUACAAAGAGAAUGGCUGGACCCCCUCUGAAGACUCCAACAGAGAGUGGAUUCAGGUGGACCUGGGAUUUCUCCGCUUUGUCUCAGCCGUGGGAACACAGGGCGCCAUCUCCAAGGAAACCAAGAAGGAGUACUUUGUCCGCUCCUACAAAGUGGAUGUGAGCUCCAAUGGAGAGGACUGGGUCACAAUAAAGGAGGGAUCCAAGCAGAAGAUUUUCCAGGGGAACCACAACCCUACAGAUGUGGCCAGGUCGUUCUUUCCCAAGCAGACUCUGGCGCGCUACGUCCGCAUCAGACCCAUGUCCUGGGAGAUAGGCAUAUGCAUGCGCUUCGAGGUUUACGGCUGCAAGACCUCAGACUACCCCUGUUCAGGCAUGCUGGGGAUGGUCUCCGGACAGAUCUCAGAUGCCCAGGUCACUGCGUCGUCACACGCGGAGCGUGGCUGGGUACCGGAGAACGCCAGGUUGCUAACAGGGAGGUCGGGAUGGACCCAGCAACAGACCAGACAGCCCUUCAGGAACGAGUGGCUGCAGGUGGACCUGGGCCAGGACAAGCUGGUCAGCGGCCUGGUUAUCCAGGGAGGACACCACAGAGACAAGAAUGUGUUCAUGAAGAGGUUCAAGGUGGGUUACAGCAGCAACGGCUCUGACUGGACCAUGGUGAAUGAAGACAACGAUGCCAAGCCUAAGAUCUUCAUUGGGAACCAGAACCAUGACACCCCAGAGCUGCGUACUCUGGGCCCUCUGCUUACUCGCUUCCUCAGGGUUUACCCAGAGAGAGCCACCCCCGAGGGCCUGGGCCUCAGACUGGAGCUGCUGGGCUGUGAGAUCCAGGAGCCCACAACUGUCCCACCGACCACGCCUGUAGCGAUCACGUUUGCUGUGACCACGUUCGCUGCCACCACGACCGCGUCUGUGACCACGCCCGCACCGACGUCAGAAGAGUGUGACGACGAGCAGGCCAGCUGUCACAGUGGAACAGGAACAGGAGCAGGAGGGGAGGACUACGACCCAACAGGUGACACCACAGUGGCAGACCCUAUCAUAGAGGGAGACCGCAUACCAGAGUACCUGUGGUUCGCGUGUGACUUUGGCUGGGCGGACAACCCAUCGUUCUGCGGCUGGACACUGGAGACGGAUGCUGGUGCUGGGUGGAUGAUUCAUACCAGUGGGGCCCCUACAGUCCACAGAGGACCCAACCUAGAUCACACAGGAGGUCCAGGAAAUUUCAUCUACAUGCUGCUGGCUACUGAGACCGAAAGGAAGGAGGAGGAGUCAGAGGAGGAGAGGAUGGAGGAGAGGGUGGCACGCCUUGCCAGCCUGCCCGUCACCGCCCCUGACGCAGACCUGUGUGUGUCCUUCUGGUACCACAUGUUCGGGGAGCACGCCGGCACCCUGCACAUCAAACAGAACAAGGAGACAGAGGAGGGACGGACUGAGGCACUGCUCUGGACUGUCAGUGGACACCAGGGCAGCCGAUGGAGGGAGGGACGAGUGCUGGUGCCCCACUCUAACAAACCCUAUAAGGUGGUGAUUGAGGGAGUGGGAGACAGGAGCACAGGACAUAUCGCGCUGGACAAUAUCAAGAUCCUGGAUGGACUCACAACAGAGGAGUGUAAGGAUCCAGACAUACGCGAGGCUCCUACGUCCCAGCCAACAGAGAUCUGCAUAUACCCAAUAGACCCGUACUACCCAGCGGUAGUGGAGAACAGUGAGCUGGGUGGCCCAGGCAACAUGCUGAAAACCCUGGACCCCAUCCUCAUCACCAUCAUCGCUAUGAGCGCUCUGGGGGUCUUGCUGGGGGCUAUCUGUGGUGUCGUCCUCUACUGUGCCUGCUCACACGGGCACAUGUCCGACAGCAGGAACUUGUCGGCUCUGGAGAACUAUAACUUUGAGCUGGUGGACGGAGUCAAGCUAAAGAAGGACAGCAAGCUGAAUGCACAGAACAGCUACUCAGAGGCGUAAGCUAAAGGCGUGAGCUUCCUCUGAGGGAAGGAAGCACCAAGCAGCCUCAUAGCUGGAGGAACUAGACCACCGGACGGAGAGUUGGGACCCAAAUGGCACCGUAUUCCAUAUAUACUGCACUAUGUAGGGGAUAGGGUGCCCUGUAGUGCACUAUGUAGGGGAUAGGGUGCCAUUUUGGACGCAGUCAGCCGUAGAGAUGGUAGGAGGUUGUGACCGAGUCGUGAUAUUCUCAGGGGCUGCAGUGAAAGGAAUUUACCAGUAGGGGGCACUGUGUAUAAAGAAAAUGUGUACAGCAAAAGGAUUAUUUAGUUUUUUGGAUGUUUUGUGACGUGCUUUGUUUUUAUGUAAUCAGAUGCUGGUGUUGAGACCAAUUAAUAUGAAAGUAUUUAUCAUGUUUUUGUUAUUUUUCUUCUGAAAAGAUAUGAUUUUUCAUUUUUCUCUGAAGUCAAUACUGUUUCACAGAAAGAAAGAGCAUAAAAACUUUGAUUCACUAUCCUGACGUGCGGCUGGCUAUUCAGCUGGCCAUGUUAUGUUUCUGUUAUAUGUCGGCAUCGAUUUGUGCAUUUUUGUUUGUGUGUGUGUGUGUGUGUGUGUGUGUGUGUGUGUGUGUGUGUGUGUGUGUGUGUGUGUGUGUGUGUCCGUCCGUCCGUCCGUCCGUCCGUCCGUCCGUCCAGAGGGGUGCUUGCCCUGGCCCUAGACCUGUGUCUAGUUCCGACAGUGCCUUUUGAAAGUUUGUGUUGCCUUUUCUCUACUGAUUCUGUUCAUAGCAGUACAUAGGCAUCCACUGGUAGAGUCUGAUUCUGUUCUGAUCACAGCAGUACAUAGGCAUCCACUGGUAGAGUCUGAUUCUGUUCUGAUCACAGCAGUACAUAGGCAUCCACUGGUAGAGUCUGAUUCUGUUCUGAUCACAGCAGUACAUAGGCAUCCACUGGUAGAGUCUGAUUCUGUUCUGAUCACAGCAGUACAUAGGCAUCCACUGGUAGAGUCUGAUUCUGUUCUGAUCACAGCAGUACAUAGGCAUCCACUGGUAGAGUCUGAUUCUGUUCUGAUCACAGCAGUACAUAGGCAUCCACUGGUAGUGUCUGAUUCUGUUCUGAUCACAGCAGUACAUAGGCAUCCACUGGUAGAGUCUGAUUCUGUUUGGAUCACAGCAGUACAUAGGCAUCCACUGGUAGAGUCUGAUUCUGUUCUGAUCACAGCAGUACAUAGGCAUCCCCUGGUAGAGUCUGAUUCUGUUCUGAUCAGAGCAGUACAUAGGCAUCCACUGGUAGAUUCUGUUCUGAUCACAGCAGUACAUAGGCAUCCACUGGUAGAUUCUGUUCUGAUCACAGCAGUACAUAGGCAUCCACUGGUAGAGUCUGAUUCUGUUCUGUACAUAAUUAUGUAUAAGCAUCGGCUGGUAGAGUCUGAUUCUAUUCCGAUCAUAUGAGUGAGUAGGCAUCAGCUGGUUAGAGUCUGAUUCUGUUCUGAUCAUAGCAGUAAGUAGGCAUCCACUGUUAGAGUCUGAUUCUGUUCUGAUCAUCAUAGCAGUACAUAGGCAUCGGCUGGUGGAGUCAGAUUGGCAGGACUUCAUGCCAUCCCCAUAGUACAUGACACAUCCAACUUAUUGUACAUAGGUUUUAAUAUAUUUGAGCGGCCUUUUAUAUAAAAAAAAAUACAAACUGCUGCAGUAUCCUUUCUUUGUGCUCUCUGUAUCAUAGGUGAUGUUGUCUGGAUGUCCUCAUGUAUUUAAUGGGUAUUUUGUGUUGUUAUGUUCCAUUGGUGCUCUCACAAUGCUGCCUGGGAAAAGAGUGUGUUAUUAUGGCCAAUGGUUAUAUUCGCUACAAAGGCCUAACAAGAAGAGAGUGAAGAGCCCAUCGGCUGUGUCUGAAAUGAUACCCUAAUCCCUAGAGUGCACUACGUGCCCUGAUCAAUAGUCGUGCACUAUAUAGGGAAUAGUGUGGCAUUUGGGACGCAACCAGACAACAGACUGGAGGGGGUGAAGCAUCUCUAGGAGAGAAAAAAUGCUGCUAUGACAAUACUUGAGCCAGUUUCCCAGACACAGAUUAAGAAUCUCUUUGAGAAUGCUUUUUAGUCCAGGACAAGGCUUAAUCUGGGUUCUGGGGAACUGGCCCUACAUGUCUAUGGUGGAAUGAUGGACCUUGCUAGAAUGAAAGAUACUCUUCUGCCAUGCUGUUUUCAUGUACUGUGGCUUACAUCCUAUGUGCUCUCCUUUUGUCUGUAUUGAACACUAACGUAAAGAGUUCAUGCAAAACAAAGUACUAUAUAAAACGGCAAAAACAUGGAUCCAAGGUUCAAUGAAUGGAUGUGAUGUAGCUAUACCGUUUAUUCCUUCGGCCGGGGUCUAUUUGAGCUUCUAUGUUUCGCCUCUGUCAUGUUUCCUUCAUUCAGGGAACCUAGUUAGACAGAUGCUUCAUGGUUCUGCUUUGAGCUCUUAAUGGUAUUCCAUAUUCCACAGGAUUAGAAUCAUUCAAAUUAGAAUGAGUCAUUCCUGUUUCUAUGGUUCCACCUCUCAAAAAUGUAAGGGCCUCAUGUUUUGGUGUGGUCCUCUUCAAUAGGAAAGGAUGCUGCAGCACUAGAUGUGAAAACAAUGUUGCACUGAUAUAUUUAAAAGAUCUUUGUGUUGUUUAUGAUAUUGUUUUGUGAAAAAAGAAAUAGAGAGAGAGAAAGCGAGAGAAGGAUAAGACAGUGUUACAGAUAACUAUUUUAUAUGGUUUCAGAUGACAUGAUAUAAUUCUGAAAUGUACAAUUAUGGAGAUGUUUUUCAUUAUUGAAAAAGCUAUACACGUCUCUUUACUUACGUAAUGUUUCUAUUUAGUUGGUAUGUUAUAUCACCUUGUGUUUUUGUACUGUCACAAAUGUCUGUGCCAUUUUUUUCUACAAAAUGUUUUCUUUUCUUCAAUACUGCUAAAUGUAAUUUGCCAUCCCAGAUAUAAAAAAAGGAAAGAAAAAAUGAUUAAGCAGUUAAGGCCUUAUUGACUGAGGUAAUUAUGUUUCUAUACUUGGACCCAAAUGUCCGCAUUCCCUAUACUGUGCAAUACCUUUGUCCUGGGCCCAUAGGGCUCUGGUCAAAUGUAGUGCACUAUGUAGGGAAUAGGGUGCUAUUUGACUCCCUGGUCAGCUUCAAGACCUACGUAGUUUCUGAAUGAUCAAUGACUACUACAUUCCAAAGAAUUGGAUCAAAUAAAUGUUUGAAUAAGA